AUGGCCGCGCGCCGCUGCUGGGCGCUGGCGGUGGGCUUGUGGCUGCUGGCCGGGGCGGAGGGCGGCUGCGGCCAGCUGGGCCGGUGCUGCCCUGGCCGGAGCCUGGCGUGCGUCGGCGCCGGCUGGCGGCCGGACGGCUCCCAGGGGCCCUGCUACUGCGACCAGGCCUGCCGCCACGCCCUGGACUGCUGCCACGACUACCGGCGAGUCUGCCCAGUUGUCUCCUGUGUGGUCUCCGAGUGGAGCGAAUGGAGCGGCUGUGCAGAGCCUUGCAAGGCGACCUAUCGGGUUCGAAGGAGGCGUGUCAUCCAGGAACCGAAAAACGGUGGGGAAGCGUGCCCCCCUCUGGAGGAGAAGGCUGGCUGUUUGGAGUACUGGAACCAGCAGGGGCAGGAAUGCAAGCAGUCCUUCAUCCCAGCACUGAUAACCACUGGAGGCUAUGGGAAAGCAAGGAAGAAGCGUGCGGCAUCUACUGAAAAUGAAAGAGCUGGGUAUUGUGUUGAAUUUCAGCUCCUGGCCAUCACAAAAGGUUGUCUGCAUGGGAACAGUUCGUACACUCACUGGAUGAAAUAUCUCAGUGAAGGACACACUGUCUGUGUGGAGUGCCAGCAUCCGGCUUUGGAUUCCCGGAGUUCUCACUGCUCCGGAGAUGGCAGCGGAGCCAAAAAGAACCAGCAACUGCACUGGCAGGCUGUGGGGAAUCCCAGAUGCAGAGGAACCUGGGAGAGAGUUCGCCAGCUGGACAUUUGCUCCUGCCCUUCCGUUCACAGCUUCUUGUUCAUCUGAUUUUUCACCCAGUUGCUUCUCGGCCUUCUGUUUCCGUGAGAGUUCUCUUUCAUGGAGGUUCAACCAUUAACAGCUGCAGCAGGUCUGCUGACUGAGACAUUAUAAGUUCAGA